AUGGACAUUCAUACCACGCAACCCAACCAACUAGCUGAGGUCUUAUCGGUGGCACCCCCCACUCGAAGUCGACUGUUUCAAUUUUUUCGACCUCGACGACUCCCUGUUUAUGUGUGGGCGACGUUGUUCACAGCUCUUGGAGGAUUUCUGUGGGGUUAUGAUACCGGAAGCAUUGGUCCGAUCAGCGUCAUGCCUCGAUUCGAAGAACAAUUCGGAGUGCUUUCUCCAACAACACAGGGCUUACUGAUUUCUUGUAUCCUGAUCGCUGCAUCUAUAAUGUCUAUUCUUUCUGGUCCCAUAUCCGAUCGUAUAUCUCGUACCUACACCAUUGCCAUUGGAGGUGCUGUUUAUACAGCCGGCUCUGCCAUUGGCGCUUCUUCGAUGCGGCUAACACAACUCUUUAUUGGGCGAUGCAUUGCUGGAAUAGGAGAAGGAUUAUUCAUUUCCAGCAUUACGGUCUAUGUGACAGAGAUCUCCCCCGCAACCUCCCGAGGACGCCUCGCAACCACUGUCCAGCUGUUCAAUACCAUCGGUGUCAUGGCCGGUUAUUUUACUUGCUAUGGGUCCGUCAAUUUAUCGAAUGGCCUAGCGUGGAGAUUACCUCUCGUGAUUCAAGGCGCGAUUUCCUUCUUGAUGGCAGUUGGCACUCCGUUCUUUCCUCACUCUCCUAGAUGGCUUAUUCACGUCGGAAAGCAUCGCGAUGCGGAAAUAGCUCAGUUAAAACUUGGGCUGCAAGCUGCUGAAUCUAAGAAAGAAGAUUUGGAUGGUGAUGGAGCUGUUGACUCCUCACCCAUUCAAACUCGCAGAGAAGUUUGGAGACACGCCAGGGAAUCAUUCACAAAAGAAGUUCGUGGACGGACACUCUUGGGAUUGUUUAUCAUGGGAAUCCAGCAAUGUUCGGGAAUUGACGCCGUGCUCUAUUAUGCUCCCAUCCUGUUUGCUCAGGCCGGCUUAGCAUCGAAGACGGCGUCCUUUUUGGCUUCGGGUGUAUCUGGCAUUCUUAUGGUUGCUCUAACCUUUGCGGCACAGUUUUUCCAAGAUAAAUGGGGUCGUAGAACACCAAUGGUUGGCGGGGGAGUCGCGAUUGGUGGUACAAUGUUGCUCAUUGGGAUUCUCUAUGCCUCUCAUGCCAAUGAGGCUGUCACAGGGCGAUGGACCAUCAUUGUCCUGAUCUAUCUAUUUGUUGCAUCGUAUAUCUCUACUUGGGCUAUCGUUUGCAGAAUAGUUUCUUCUGAAAUCCAGCCAAGUCGUACGCGUGCUUCAGCGACCAGCCUUGGCCAGUGUGCAAACUGGGUUGUCAAUACGAUUAUCGCCUUUUCGACCCCACUGUUCCUAGCUCGCACGAUUUCGGGACCAUAUUUUUUCUUCGGUGGAUGCUCUUUUUUAUGCGUAUUGGUCUGUGCGAUCUUCCUGCCAGAAACCAAAGGACUCGAUCUGGAAACGAUUGACAAAGGCUUUGUGGAAACACCUCUGCAGUUGGCCUUGCGAAAACGCCUAGCAAGGCGACGGAUUGUGUACGAAAACGACCCUGAUAUUGAACUGGAAGACCUAAACUCGUUCCCAGCUAUGUCAUCUACUUAG